CUCUGAAGUGUUAACAAGUGGUUUUAUAACAUGUUCUUUGAUAAUGAUUUCAUGUCGUAUUUUGCAUCAAAUUAUACAACCUUCAAAGUUUUAAAAUGGUUUCUUUUGAAAGAAGGCAUGUCCUUAUAUACUGUCUGUGUUCAUGGAUAUAUGCGGAAGCUGCAGACUUGGAUUAUAUCGAAUCAUCAAUCAAAAAAUAUUUCUCUGAUACCCGUCAUCAUGCAAUAAACAACCGUUACAAAAUGGCCGCCAGAGAUUAUAUUUACAAAGAAUUUUCGUCCUUCGGAUUGGUUCCCGAGUACUUUGAAUUUAGCUUACCUCCUGUAUCUACAAAGUCAAAUUUCACAACUGUUAUUGGUAUGUUGAAAGGCAACCAUUUUGGAACGGCUUAUGACAAGAUGAUAGCCAUUGGUGCUCAUUAUGAUACAGUUAACUUUACAAAAGGUGUGGAUGACAAUGGCUCAGGUGUAGUUGCCAUGUUGGAAGUUGCCCGGCAAAUAUCAAUAAUGAACAAAAGGGGGUUAAAAAGGAAAAAUACAAUCAUGUUUGCUGCUUUUGACCUGAAAGAAGAAAAUUGCAAAGGCAGUCAAUUAUUACUCGACUCAUGGCUACAACCUUGGUUAAUCAAGAACUAUGGCCAAGCAGCUGAAUCCCUGGAAUCGCAUGGUGUUUUUAUUUUGGAUUCGGUAAUGAAUUAUAAUGCUUCCAUCAAAUCGCAAACCAGUCUACCAAAUAUGAAAAGUUUAUUUCCAGAAACAUUUUCCAGUGUAUCUAAAGACAAUUACAAAGGAGACUUCUUAGCUAUGGUAUAUAGAAAUCCAACUACAGAUCUGGUACUGGCAAACAUGUUUAAAGCAAAGUGGGAAGAUGCAAACAGAGAACAGUUUGAACUGGAAACCUUCCCUCUGCCGUUUGAGGAAUACAGUGAAUUACCAAUGAAACAGCAGUUGGAUUAUCGAUAUUUUAUGAAAAGUGAUCACGCGAGUUUCUGGGAUUACGAAGUACCAGCUAUAUAUCUGACAGAUACUUAUAAUUACCGAGGUGUAUUGGCAGCGUGCUUUCACAAGUCAUGCGACGAUGCAUCGAUGAUUCUUUCUGACAACAAUCUUAAAUUCCUUGGUAAAACUGCUGACGUUCUUACUAUGGCAAUAAACCAGUUGUCAGAUCCCUAUCAAGGGACAAAUGAAGCAAGUAGUUGCAACCAACAGACUUUACGGAUCAUACUGAUUUAUAUCAUAUAUACGACUAUGAUCCAGUGUCUUUAAAGCAGAGCGAUGGAAUGUGCUUGUACCUUCCAAAUCAUUUCGAAAUCAAAAUUAAAUAAACGUAUAGUUUCAUUGUGACUGUAUCAAAUCUAAUAAAAUGUUUAAAAUAAAAUCACUGUAUAUAA